CACUGUAAGAGGCACUGUAGUCCGGUUUGAGACACUCGGAGGACUCACACAUCAACAAGGAACCCCAAAGUUUAUGGAAUAACAUGGUGCAACAAAGGCCUGCAGCAGAGCCCAACAAUGCUAGAACUCCUACAGGAGCCCUCAGCAGGCCACCUAAUAACCCCGCUCACAUGGUUACACCUGCUCUGCGUCCUCACACUUCAGGCAGGCUGCUGGAUAGUGAGAAGAUCGGAGCCUCUCUGCUGUUAUCUGGAGUCUUCCUCGCUCUCAUGGGUGUCACCUUCACUGCAAUGGGCUGGCAACACUUCCAAAGUAACCCCAGCUAUGAGUGGACCCAAUUGCUGGGCCCCAUCCUGAUCUCGGUUGGCGGCACUUUCAUCCUCACCAGCGUCUGCAAGUUUGGGAUCGCCUCCUGUUUGCCCUGCAGACGGCAGGAGGAAGAAGAGUUCGUGGUACCUGUGAGGGAGCAACCCCCAGUUGGACAUCCCUUCGUGUUUCAUGGCAUAAAUCCACCUGUCAUGUUAGGAGGUACCACUACCAUGCUGUGCAUCCCACCUCCAUGUAACUUUACGACCCCGGAAGUACGGCAGGCCAGUGAGUUCCAGCCUGGCAGCUCUGUGAGCAGCAUCCAGGCAGCGCUUCCUCCAUACGAUGCUGUGUGCUGUGUGGACAAUGCAGGCUUCACAGCAGAAGAAGGCAGCUCAGCUCACAGCACACAAACAGACCAGAGAAGAAGCCGCUUGCCAAAGACAGAAGGUGAAAGAGAACGAAAUGACGAGAGCGGCUCCACCUGUUCACAUCCACCUGCAUACGAAGACAUCUACCCUUCGUUUCACAAACACAAUCCAACAUAAAUAUCUCCUGGAACUCAUCACUGACAUUCUUCCGUUUUCUUUUUAAUGGGUUCAGAAGGGAUGUCCUCUGCAAAAUAAACCUACAGCGUCCGUGGUGUUUUCAUUCCACUGCAACACAAGAUUAACUCAACUUAUAGGUUUAACUUUCCCCACACAGCUGCUAUCAUGUAGAGCUACCAUUAUAAUUAUGUAUGAAGUCAUAAAAUCCAUGAAGAUGAGGCUCCCUGGAAGAAAAAACUCAUUAAAAUGGAGAUUUAUGGACAACCUCGGCUCUAUCUGAAGCCUCCAAGGUUUAAGAAAUUUAUAUUCAGCAUGAAAACACACACAUUUACCCCUGCGCUUGUUGUCUCUCAAUAGCAAACCGCUGUACAUGCCCAUUAAAUGCUGGCAGAGGAAAUGCAGACAGGCCACCAUAUACUGCCAGAAACAAACGAGGAGAUAAUUCACCAGAGAUACUUAGGAAAAGUUUUUUUCUUAAUGUCGUAGGCUGGAGAAAACUGACAUUAAAAGACGGCUGAGAGAAAACAGUUUGGUUUGUGUGGAAAGAUAGUUAUGUGAACAUUUUUUUUUAUCACUGCUACUAUUAAAUAAUAACAAAAAUGACAACAUAUUUGACUUUGGAUGAGUAGAAUCCACUCAUAUGAAGCAGGGUUUUUUGAGUUUUCUUGACCUGCAGGAUCAUUCAACCAGAUGCAGCCUUUUAGUUUACUGAGGGCUUUUGUUUGCAGGAUAAACACAGUGUUACUGCACCACACGGGGGCAGAAACACUGAGGAAAUCAAUACACCUUCAGUCAGUGCGUCAGGUCAGGUGGUUCUGCUGGAUCAGGGCAGCCUACAGUAUCCUAAUAUUUAUAAUAAUAAUAAUAAUAAUAAUAAUAAUAAUAAUAAUAAUAAUAAUAAUAAUAAUAAUAAUAAUAAUAAUAAUAAUAAUAACAAUAACAAUAAUAAUAACAAUAAUAUCAAUAACAAUAAUAAUAAUAAUAAUAAUAAUAAUAAUAAUAAUAAUAAUAAUAACAAUAGUGCAGUCCGGGUUUUUUUUUACACCAAGGGUUAAAACUUUUCUAUUUGACGCUGCCUUUAAUUGAAUUGUAUUUAAUUAAGAAUUGUAAAUCGAUAUUUUUGCAAUAUUUUUUAUUUCUCUGUUUUAUAAAUUUCAUUACUCAUCUUCCACUUUACUUUUAAAUGUUCUUAUAUGUCUUUUGCCAUUAGUUCUUUUUUCUUUUUCUUUUUUUUUUUUUUAAAAAUGUCACAUCAUUUUGAAUCGAAAACGCUGCAAACACACUUGCCGGAAAUGACGACUUACUUGUGUUGCACUUAACUGAACACGUUAAUGAUAUAAAAUGCAUAAAAAUUAGAACACACAAAUUAAUCGGCUUGACAGACCUGUUCAUUUUUAUUUUAUUUAUUUUUUUGCCAGACGAAGCACAGAAACAGAUCUGAACGCAGACAUUACAUAACAUUGCCAAGAAUCGUUAUGCUUAAUUAAAAAAAAAAAAACAACAAAAAAAGAAGUCAAAAUCAAAUAAAUGAAUCCAUAAAUACA